AUGAAGGUCCCAAGGAGAAUCAGUACCGACAGAUCUGCUGCUUGGUUUACCAUAUUGGCUUCCGUUGUGGCUGUGAUCUGCUGGAGCAUUUUCUUUGCCGGGUGCACUUCGUCAUCUACAUCCGAACACCUCUACCUGAUGGAAGUCAACCUGAAGGGCUUUCCAGAAAUACGGGGGAGCUCCAUUGGUCAGGGAUUCUCGCAGCUUCUUCCUCGCGCCCUCCCAAUCGGCGUUAGUCCCAAGGAAAUACCAACAGAGAUUGGAUCAGCCACCUCGGGCAUAGCAAGCACGGUGGAAAACACGCCCCAGGAAGUCGCGGGUGCGGCAGAGAACAUUGCUAGCGAGAUCAAGUUACAUCUGCCAGACUAUUAUCGCGUUGGCCUUUGGGGAUACUGCAGCGGAGAUGACGAUCAAAAGGCCGUGUGCUCUCACCCGAGCCUAUCAUUCUACUUCGACCUAUCCGCGAUUCUACGAUCAGCCUCCCCACUCGUCGACCAUAUACUACGCGAUAAAGGGGAUCACGGUAUUAGUGGCUAUGCAAGGCUUUCUCAUGGCAUCACCUGCAUGUGCAUCCUGGGGCUCAUAGUGACCGUUUUAGCAAUAGUGCUUGGCGUAUGGAGGGAGUUUUACGGUGGACACAAGAAGCUACUCACAGCGUUCCAUAUGUGCUCGUUGGCUCUAGUCACGGCGGCUACCAUCGGCGUGACCACAAUGUAUGGCAUUCUCAGUCAUACUAUCAACAAUUUUCUCGGUGACCUCGGUGGCCAAGCGCGGGUGGGGGGAUCCAUGCUCGCCCUUCUUUGGAUGGCGACGUUUUUCUCUCUGGGAGCCUUUUCGGUUUGUUUCGUCCGGUUCUUUCGGCGCGACUUUUAA